AUGGGGGCGGCAGAGGCGGAGCUGGUCUCGAUGGCGGUGACGCCGGAGAUGGCGAUCCCCUUCUCCGGCGAGCCCGCAUUGAUCGGCGGCGGCGGCGGUGGCGGCGGCGGCGGAGGAGGAGGAGGAGGGUCGCAGAAUAACUCCAAGUCGUGGACGCCGACGGGAGGGGGAUCGCUGACGAUAACGCCGCGGUAUCUGAGCCCGUCGUCGGCGACGCCGGUCAAGAGGGUGAUGGUGAAUCUGAGGGGGUACCUGGAGGAGGUCGGCCAUCUCACCAAGCUCAACCCGCAGGACACGUGGCUCCCCAUCACCGAGUCCCGCAGCGGCAACGCCCACUACGCCGCCUUCCACAACCUCACCGCCGGCAUCGGCUUCCAGGCCCUCCUCCUCCCCGUCGCCUUCUCCUUCCUCGGAUGGUGCAAAACCCUAACUCUAAUCCUAACCCUCCUCCUCCUGUUCUCUCCCUCUCAGCGUGGAGCCGCUCAUGACUCUAUCUCUCACUGGGCUUUUGGAUGGCAGGGCGUGGGGUGUCGUCUGCUUGACCAUAGCCUAUUUCUGGCAGCUCUACACCCUCUGGAUCCUGGUGAGACUCCACGAGGCCGUCCCCGGGAAGAGGUACAACAGAUAUGUGGAGCUCGCCCAGGCGGCCUUCGGUAAAAGACCCAGCAACUCCUCUCCCCCUGCAAAUCAUUGAAUUCAGACUAAAACCCUAAUUAUUCCCCCUCGUCCUCCCAGGGGAGAGAUUAGGGUUGUGGCUGGCCCUGUUCCCGACGGUGUACCUCUCGGCCGGUACCGCGACGGCGCUAAUUCUAGUCGGAGGGGAGACCAUGAAGCUCUUCUUCCGGACGGUCUGCGGCCCCUCCUGCACCUCCGAUCCCCUCACCACCGUGGAGUGGUACCUGGUCUUCACCUCCCUGUGCAUCGUCCUCUCCCAGCUCCCCAACCUCAACUCCAUCGCCGGGCUCUCUCUCGUCGGCGCCAUCACCGCCAUCACCUUCACCACCAUGUCCUGGGUCCUCUCCGUCUCCCACCCGCGUCCCCCAUCCGUCUCCUACUGCCCCCUCCGCCCCUCCGCUCUCUCCGUGCUCAACGCUCUCGGCAUCAUCGCCUUCGCCUUCCGCGGCCACAACCUCGCCCUCGAGAUCCAGGUAACGCGCUGCACACAGGCACAGGCACAGGCACAUGCGUUCCUCUUCCUUCUCCGACCUGCAUUGGGUGGGCUCUGAACUUCGUCGUCGUCUUCCUCCUCCGCAGGCGACCAUGCCGUCGACGUUCAAGCACCCGGCCCACGAGCCAAUGUGGAGGGGAGUCAAGGUGGCGUAUGUCCUCAUCGCCAUGUGCGUGUUCCCCGUUGCCCUCGGCGGCUUCUGGGCCUACGGCAACCUCGUGAGAGAACAAGCACCAUCUUCUUCUUCUUCUUCUUCUUCCGAUUUUCUUUGCCUUAUUGAUAAUCGUUUUGCAAUGCAGAUGCCGGCGGGGGGGAUGCUGAGCGCGCUGUACGCGUUCCACGGGCGGGAGGUGGCGAGGGGGUUGCUGGCCGCGACGCUCCUGCUGGUGGUGCUGAGCUGCUUGAGCAGCUUCCAGAUCUACUCCAUGCCCGUCUUCGACAGUUUCGAGGCCGCCGUCACCGGCCGCACCCGACGCCCGUGCUCCGUCUGGGUCCGCUCCGGCUUCCGUGUCUUCUACGGCUUCGUCUCCCUCCUCGCCGGCGCCGCCAUGCCCUUCCUCUCUGGCCUCGCCGGCCUCCUCGGCGGCCUCACCCUCCCCGUCACCUUCGCCUACCCCUGCUUCAUGUGGGCUCUCCUCAAGAAGCCCCCUCGCUUCGGCCUCAGCUGGUACCUCCACUGGGCCCUCGGCCUCCUCGGCAUCGCCUUCAGCCUCGCCUUCUCCGCCGCCGGCCUCUGGAGCUUGGUCAACUCUGGCCUCCGAUUCCGAUUCUUCAAGCCCAUCUAA